AUGGCGCAUCAAGCACACAAUAUCCCGUGGCACCUGCUCGCCUCAAAUCUGAGGUGGGAGGCACCGGGUCCGUUCGAUAAUUUCGCCACAAAUCUGUACCCGCGGGGGAAGCCACACCAGGCAAAUGAUCUCAACCGAUUUGUCGACGCCUUUGUUAGGAAUCUCGACGAGCAUGCCGUCUGUGAGCGGCGGAAGUACCCCGAAAAGUAUGAUAUCCCUCAGCCGUCGGACUUGAUCCUCGACGAGGCUACAGUUCGAAAAAUAGCGCCCACAGUCCGUCGUUGGCGGGGCAAGUGGGCAAGAGGAAGCGAGUGUCCGUCGGGCGUCUGUAACCUCCGGGAUGGUCUCGAAGCGUGCGAAUGUGAACCUAUCCCCUCGGAAGAGCGAUUCAUGUCUGCAUUCCUGCGACCACUUGUGGACAACGAGUGCUAUCAGUUUUAUGAGGAGAACGGCGAUGCUUUCUUCAAUUUGGAGGUUGUGAAGACGCUGUUGCUCUACGGAGAAAUGGAUGCAAUUUUACGAGUCUGUGCUCACCCGGAUAUUUGCCUCAGGAGGUGGUUCAGUCGAGCGCCGUGUUACGAUACUGGGGGCGACGAUCUUGGGUGGAAUCUGAUAUGCUAUAAAAUGCUCUCGGUCUAUAUCUGCCUCAACGUGGCAUGGGACGAGUCUGUCCUGGCAACCUUUCCACACCGUCGCUUUUUUGACAUGGAUUCAUCCAGAGAGUCCCUGGAGACCAACACCGGAAACGGAGAGCACUGGUUGUUGAACAGAGAACUCCAUCGAAGGCGAAGGUAUAAAUUCAAGGGAUAUCCUGCCUCCGGUGAUCUACUAAGCUCUUCGACCGACCGAUACAAAGAAGAUCAUGGCUUGUACGGACGGGUACCUAUCCAUGAAUUCUUGGAUCUGUGGCUGCCCGGUGCUGGGUCCCAUAAGCCCUCGGCGGACGACACUCAUGCCGUUCGGUCACUUCUCUGUUCUAAGGGCUUGCCCAUGGAGCUGGCACUGAAAGUCAUGAGAUUGGCCGACUACGAGCCACCCAGGAGCAAGCACAAUGUACCUCAUGAUCCUUUACACCCGUCAAAUCGCGAGGAGCUCGGAAAUUACUUGAAAUACUGCUGGCAAACACUGGUCCGCUGCUAUAUGAUGGGAAAGGAGCUUGGGAUGAACACCACUGAACAUGGUUAUAAUUCCGGUGAGAGCAUAAAUUGGAAAGUGAUGGUUGCAAGGACCAUCAUUCGUCUUUUCCGCCAUCAGAGGGAGGGCAAAGCGAAGUUCACCUCCGAUGGAUUUGUUGUGGCCAAGUCUCCUCGGACAUGGUGGGAAUGGGGGGGUUCCGAUUGGAGCCGCGGACGGAGAAUACCGUUUGAUGUUCGUACAAUAGGGGGCAAAAGUCUGUGUGCAUACCGCUUCACCUACCCCAUCAAAUACUGA